AUGUUUGCGACAUCGUCACCCGAUCUGCUCAAGACAGUAAUGCUUGGUAAUGGCACAGGCUUCCGGGCCUCGUCGCAUGGUGUUUUCACUUGGGUGUUGCAGAAUCCGGACUCGGGCGCCUCCUUCACCGUGCUGCAACAGGUCAAUACGCCGUCUAUGUCAAAUAUAUCGACAUCGGUCACUCUAACAACAAGUGCCGGCACGUUUACAGUGCCGGGGGUGGAAUUGUACGGCCGGCAAAGCAAGAUUCUUGUGACUGACUAUGCAUUGGGCCAGCAUAACAAGAGUGCUCUUUUGUAUUCCUCUGUUGAUAUUGCCACGAGCGAAUACUUUGGGCACGAGACAGCGCUAAUACUAUACCUCAAAGAAGGCCAAAUAGGCGAGUUUGCCUUCCGGGGCGACAGCAACCUGACCUACACUGUGUUUGGCAGCUUAAAGGUGACAGCCAUCACGAGACAACCGAGGGGCUCUUCCUCGCUACAGCAGGCAUUUACAUACACCCAGAGUGCAGGCGCAAGUGCUGUCUUAUUUUCCAAUGAUGUACUCGUCUACAUUUUGGAUCAAGCCACAGCCUGGCGGUUCUGGGCACCGCGUGAUGGUGACAACAGCUUUGAUGUGGCCGGCUCAAGCCGUGUGUUUAUCCUCGGUCCCUAUCUUGUCCGGUCGGCUCGCAUUGACUGGGCGGCCGGUGUGCUGUAUGUCCUCGGCGACAGCGACUCUGCAACGACGCUAGAAGCAUUUGUAGGUAGCGGAGGUGGCAAGAUAAUUAACACCGUCAACUGGAACGGCAAAACACUGCCGGCUACACGGACACCAUAUGGAAGUUAUCGAGCCGCCAUCUCUGGUGGGCGGGAUCGCGUUUCCAACGGAAACGUUACACUCCCAAAACUUACAGAGUGGCAUGCUGCAGACUCUCUCCCAGAGACGCAGUCCGACUACGACGACAGCCGAUGGACAGUCUGCAAUCAUACGACAACGCACGGUCCCGUGCCACCCGUCACGCCACCCGUUCUCUUUGCCUCUGACUACGGCUUCUACGUCGGAGCAAAGGUAUACCGCGGACGCUUUCUGUCGACGGGGCCGACGCCAAGUGCGGUCAAUAUCACGGCUUCUGGUGGUCAAGGGUUCGGGUGGACAGCCUGGGUCAACGGUCACCUGCUUGGUGGCAGUCCGGGCGUGGCCGGCCAGGCCACAACGUCGGCCGUAUUGAGGCUGCCGACGGAUGUGAUCAACAUAGAGAAGGGACGAGACAACGUUCUUACAGUGCUGGUCGAUUACCAUGGCCACGAUGAGACGUCGACACGCAAUGGGCUGAACAAUCCGCGUGGCCUGCUGGGCGCGAAGCUUUUGUUUGACGAAUCAGACAAGGACAGAAAUUCCCGUGCCACCGAGGCCUCUUCUGGCUUUACAACCUGGAAGAUAAUGGGAAAUGCAGGCGGCUCUGCCAACAUCGACCCAGUACGCGGUCCGAUGAACGAAGGCGGCCUCUAUGGCGAACGCCUUGGCUGGCACCUGCCUGGUUUCAGUGCGGCUACUGAUGGCAAGUUUAGCAAGAGCAGUCCCACAGAUGGCAUCAAGGAUGCUGGCGUGCAGUUUUAUGUCACCGAGUUCAUGCUUGCUGUUCCCACUGAUCUCGAUGUGCCACUCGGCAUAGAGCUCGCUGCGCCCGUCGGUACCAUUGCCCGUGUUCAGCUAUGGAUCAACGGCUACCAGUACGGUAAAUAUGUGCCGCACAUCGGCCCCCAGACACGCUUCCCUGUGCCACCGGGCAUCUUGAAUAUGCAUGGCAACAAUACGCUCGCUCUGAGCCUGUGGGCUAUGACGUCCGCCGGCGCGCGGUUGGAUAAGGUUGCUUUGGUGGGGUACAGUGACGGUGGUGACGGCAAUAACGAGGACAUAAUGUCAGCAUACGAGACAACGUUCUUUGCCAACGCAGAGCAGUGGGCGGCGAGCAGCGCCAGUUUGCAAUUGCCGUGGACCGACCGAAGCGAGUUUGCAUAA